AUGGUGCAACGAACGCAAGUGCUACAUCAGAUUUGUGCGAAAGCAUGCACACGGUUGAACAGUAGAAUCUACUGCUAUUCAGGCGGCUAUGUGGCAUUAGGAGAUUUAGUGGUGCGAAAAGCAUUAGACGAACAUCAUUACCUCGACUUGACGCAAAAUUUGGUCUUGGAUGAGACAACGGCAAAAUGGGUAUCGAUACCAGACAACACACACUACGUUACAGAAGGAUCACUCGCAGGUACAGCAACACCAAUAUCCGACUAUCAGUACAUUGAGGACGGCGGAUACAAUGGAACACCUUCCGUUCGAAAUGUAACACGAUUAUUUGACUCUAAAACUGAUCUAUGGACCACCAUUCCAAACGACAAUAGAAGCUUAGCAAGUGCCAUGUAA